AUGAAUUCUACUACUACUACAACGACAACUACUACUUCAUCGACACAUAACCAUGAUAAUAAUAAUAAUACAACAUUACUUGGCGAUUAUACAACACAUAAAAUACCAUAUGAUUUAAUAUUUAUAUUUUUAAUUGGGUCAUUAUCGAUUCUAACAUACUUUAUCUAUUGGCUUGUAACCUAUCUAUUGAAUACACAUCUUUGUGGCAAUACUACCACCAUGUACAAAAAAAUACCUCAGAUUUCUAUCGAUAGUUUGAGCUCGCUUUCAAAAUCGGUCUUGCAUUCCUCGAGCCAGUCCAUCAAUGAUACCGACGACGAUCUUUCCGAUUAUGUCUCCAUCAAUGAGAGUGUCUUGCAUCACCAUCAACAAUUACAACAACAGAGAGAGGGUCAUAGCCAUAGUCAUAGUCAUGGUCAUUCGUUGUCAUCGUCGUCUUCGUCAUCGACUACUACAACACACUUUAAUAUACCAAAAUGUGUGUUUUUCGAACACCCUUCUGGUUCUGGAGUGGUUGCAGACGAUGACCUAGAAAAUGAUCAACCCAUCAUUAUUGACAAUCAACCAGUUACCAUUGAAGAACUAAAACAACGAGUUAUCAAGGAACUAGCAGACAAUGAUCUAUGGAAAUCACCAGUAGAUACUAGGAUAUUGGCAUUGGUCGACUGCUCCUUACUACACAAUCAUCUCACCAAUGCCAAUUUAAUCAUUACUUCGACCAGUCUAUGCUUUCUACCCACUGAACAGGUUCACAAGGGCCAUGCUGUAGAGAGCUACCUACAUAUGAAAGCAAAGAGUGAUUUCUUUUGGAAAAAGUAUUGGUUUCAUCUUAGUGGUGGGUCAUUGUCGUGGUAUAGAUCAAGUGAACACAAAGAGAUAUACUAUCCAAACGGAUCGAUACAAUUAAAGAAAAUUACCUCCAUACAAAAACUACCAAGCGAAAGUGCGACCCGUCCAUUUUGUCUUCAAAUUGCCACCAAUGCACAAAUCUAUCUUAUCCAAGCCGACUCUGAAACACAACUAGAUCAAUGGUUUAGCGAAAUUGUUCACAUACAAAGAAAUCUUACCAUCUCUUUGUCUCUUUCCGAUAUUGUCACUAUGCAAAUGGAAAGUGAUGCCGCCUUAUUUUUUGAUUCAAUUUAUAUUACUUUAAAAAGAGGUGAUAAUUUUAUUAUAACACCAUCAUCAAGACCAAAUGAAAUUUAUAAUUUAUUAUUAUCAGCAUGGGGAAAAUCUAAAAAAUUGGAAUCUAUUGAUCAAAAUACAAAUAUUAAUAAUAAUCAAACAUCAAAUAAUAAUAAUAAUAAUAAUAAUAGACAAACUAUAGAAUUUCAAAAAGUAUUUAAAUUGAAUCAAUUUGUAAAUAUUAUUCUUGAAAAACCAUGUAUAUUAUUUAAUGAUAUUGAAACAUCAUAUGAAGGAGUAGUUUAUGCAGCAGAGGAUGGAUUAUAUUUUAAUUCAGAUCAUAAUCAAAAUGGAUCGGUUGCAUUGAUCAUUCCAGUGAAUGAUAUCAUUUCGAUUCAAAUCGAUCCAGAAUCUGAUAUCCCAGAGGCUAUUAAAGUGGUGACUAAAGAAUACGAAGCAUACUAUUUUGAUUUGUUUGAUGACCACGAAUCAUUUUAUGAAUCGAUUGUCUCUAUUUUUACUCAAUUCAAUCCAGCCAUCAAAUAUGGAAAACAAGGAGAGGAUUUUUUUAUCAAACAACAACAAGUAAUGAAAUCAGAAGAGGAAGAGGAAAAGGAAAAGGAGAAUGAUAGUCGAUGGUUCCAUCUACCGGUUAUUCCCAUUUCAAUUCCAAAGUCAAUACCAACACGACUAUUUAGAUCAAAGUCAUCACCAGCAUCUGUAUCUCCACCACUAAAUACCACUCCUCCCAAUGGUUCACCAUUGAAUUCCCAAUCACCAUCUAUUCAUUCCACCAACUCAUCACCUGCACUCUCUCAACAAUUGUCAUCGUUAAAUCUACAUGAUACGAGUCGAACGAUUUUCAUUCAAAAAGGGUCACCUCAAAACAUCCAAUCCGAACUCCACCAACUAUUUCCUACACUUCCAUUAAAUGAAGCAGUCCAAAUGUAUCAAUCGUGCACACUGCACUACGAUCACAUGACCAAUGUAUCCAUUGAAGGACAUAUCUAUGUAACAAAAUCCUAUGUUGCUUUUGCUCCAAUCAACUCUCAAUCAUCUUCAUCACUAACAUCAUCAACAUCAUUUAAAUCUAUAACACCAUCUUCUUCACCUUUAUCAUCAUCAUCUUUUCAUCUUUAUAAUCAUAAUCAAAAUAAUAAUAAUAAUAAUAAUAAUAGUAAUAGUAACAAAGAUAAUAGUAGUCACAACAAGAAAAGAUUAAUGAAAGCUUUAAUACCAUUUGAAGAUGUAGUUAGUAUUAAAAAAGAUAGAACCAUAUUUUUAAAACAUUGUAUUAAAAUUAUUACAAAUGAUCAUAAAUGGAUAUUUGGAUCAUUAAAUAAUUUUUAUAGUUUAUAUAAAAUAUUAUUGGUAAAUUGGACACCUAUAAAUGAAGGAUUAUUUACUCCAUUGCAAUCGAAUCAAAUUCGAGAAAAGUUUGGGUUACCAAGCGAUGAACCAUUGAUUACUUGGUACAAUUGCACAAAUUUCAGAGGAGCUCAACUUAAAUAUGGAGUAUUGUACAUUACCAAACACUAUUUGUGCUUUAGAUCAAAACUUGGAUUUAAAAAGAGAACCAUCGUCGUUCCAUUUUCAAGUAUUGUAAGCAUCAAGAAAUACUCUGGUACCAUCCUACCCAAUGGCAUCAAGAUUACCACCACUCAACAAGAUAUCGACUUUGCAUCAUUUUUACAUCGUGGUAGAGUCUAUAGACAAUUAAUAGAAUGUUGGAAUGAUAAUAGAGGUACUCUACAAAAGUCUACAAACAAUACAAGUAUUAGUAAUAAUAGUAGUGGUAAUAAUAAUGGUCAAAAGAUUGGUGGUGGCGGAAUUCCAAAAUUAAAUAUUGAUCGUAUUCAAGUAACAUCUGCUAGUACAUCACCACUUGUUAUUUCACCGACAGUUCAGUCACCAAGAACCAAUUUAAAUAUUACUAUUCUGACAAUUGGUAGUCGUGGUGAUAUUCAACCCUUUAUAGCAUUGGCAUUGACACUAAAGAAUGCAGGUCAUAAUGUAGUGUUUGCGUCACAUGAACUAUAUCGAAGUAUCAUUAUCGAUACUUAUGGUUUGACGUUCAAGCCGUUGAGUGGUGAUCCCAAAGAAUUGAUGGAUUUGUGUGUAAGAAACGGUAUAUUUACGCCAAAGUUUAUCAAAGAGGCAUUGUCACGAUUCAGACAGUUUAUCGACGACUUGCUCAACAGCUGUUGGGAGGCUGCCCAGGGUGCCGACGCCCUCAUUGCGACACCUGGCUGUUUUGCAGGCCCACAUAUUGCUGAAGCACUACAAAUCCCCUUCUUUCACGCGUUUACAAUGCCAUUUACUCGCACGAGAAUGUAUCCCAAUCCAUUUGCACCGUUUGCUGCGAGUCAGUUGGGAGGUGUGUUUAAUCUAGCGACACAUAUGAUGAUGGAGAAGAUUCUGUGGCAGCCAAUCAGCGGACAAAUCAAUUCAUGGCGUGUAGAGAGAUUGAAACUACCCGCUUGGAAUUCGAGCGUGUCGAUCAACGAGACAUACCGUCUACCAUACCUCUACUGCUUUAGCAAGUACUUGGUACCUAAACCAAGCGAUUGGGGUAGCGAGAUUUGCAUCACUGGAUAUUGGUUCAUGAACGAGACGAAUAUGCCCGAAGACAAGGACCACCCACCCUCGCAGGAAUUGAUCGAUUUUAUCGAGCGUGGAGACGCACCCGUGUAUAUUGGAUUUGGUAGUAUUGUCAUUGAAGAUCCCAACGAACUGUCACGUCUGUUACAAGAGGCUGUCAAAUUGUCGGGUCGACGUGCCAUUAUAUCACAGGGUUGGGGUGGACUGAAUAUCGACCAACAAGUUGGCAGUACCGCUGCAGACGCAGAGUUUGUACAAAAGAAUAUAUUCCUCUUGAAACAACCGGUUGCCCAUACUUGGUUGUUUGAAAAGAUGAGUUUAGUCAUCCACCAUGGCGGUGCAGGUACAACUGCUGCAGGAAUCUAUGCUGGCAAACCAUGUAUUAUCGUUCCCUUUUUCGGAGACCAAUUCUUUUGGGGUGAACGUGUCCAAGAUAUGGGUAUUGGUCAAUCUCUGUCGAGCAAGACUCUAUCGGCCAAAUCAUUGGCGUCGUCGAUCAACGAAUUGAUUGACAGCAAGUCAGCACACAUCCGUGUCAAAGAAAUGGCCAAUCACAUCAGAAAUGAAAAAGGACUCAAACAAUCACUACAAGAUUUCUAUCGCUAUCUCAAUGUUGCCUAUGUCCCACCCUCCAAAACACCUAUGGGUUCAAAAACAUCUUGUCGCCAAUGCAAACAAGGGUUUGGACUGCUCAACCAAAUGGUCAAUCCACUCGUCCAAACAAAGUUCCAUUGUCAUUGUUGCGGUCAAGUGUUUUGUGAUAAAUGUACACUCAACAAAAUACCUCUUCCAAAAUUUAGAAUCAAUAUCCCUGUUCGUGUUUGUGACACUUGCUAUUCAAAUCAAUUCACAUCAAACUCUAAUAAUAUAUAA